AUGCCGACUCUACGGGUCUCUCAUUUGAUCAUACACGGCUAUGCAUCGCUGGGUGUUCCAUUGCGAGACAUCGUCUCAAAAUGGAAGUCAGCAUGUAUGGACAGUCGGCCCCCAAAACCACGUCCGAGCACCUCGUUUGGCAUGGGCCUGGAAUGGCCAACUCCCGAGGUCAACACCCGCUUCCGCGAAGCAAGUGCUGCAGGCCAUACGUCGGCGCCUCUCAUGGCUGCAAACUGA